GACAAACGUCAAACCAUGACAGCUUUGUUGACAGCUGGUUAAGAUGAUAAUUUUAUCAAAUAAAGAUUAUAAAUAAUAUGAAAAUAGAAUAUCUAUGUUUUAUUCUAUACUUUCAGAUAUCGUUUAAAAAGUGUGCUAUUGAUGUCAAUUUACCAGAAUAUAUCUACAUCGCUGAUCAUCUGACGGACGAGGAGUGUCGUAAACUUUAUGCUGCUCUACAUUACAUAUCCUACGAACUACCGGAAGAUUUUCCCCAAGCUGAAAAACAAAUACCAGAAGACGUACCGUGUAUAAAGCUACUCAUGCAAUGGAACGGUGGAGAUGAGAAAUAUGAGGGGAAGAGGAAAACACACUAUGACAUCGAACACAGAUUACGCCAAAUGGGUAAGUCGGACAUCGCGGACUGGUUGGGAAAGACUGUGUUCCAUAAUAUAGGGAAAGAGCUGAACAGAACACACGCUGAUCCUGUGUUUAUAGACGAUAAACGGAAACAUAAAGGUUUAAAAAUAUUCAAGGAUAAAAGUAGCAAGCACUUUGGUGAGGGCUGGACGACUAUUGAUACCAUACUUUGUGUUUUGUUUAUGGGACUGCUUGUUGUCACCUUAUCCGCUUUUCUUCGAAUGCUGAGUGUGUCUUGGUCGAAGUCGUCCUCGUCUAAAGACAAGGAUGAAGAGGAAAUGAUAGACCUGCUGAGUGCUGGAUCCGUGGACAGUGAUCAGGAGACAUAUGAGAGCGAGGAUAAGAAUACCCAACACAAUGUCGACGUCGCAAAAUCAACCAGUAUGUGUCAAAUACGGUAAUUUUUGGUACUAAGAUAUUAUGUUAAUAUAGAUUUAUUUUUAAUGAUAUAAAGCUGUUUUCUUUUUUUUUAAUUUUUGCCCACCAAAUAAUCAAAUACCAUAUACAAAUCUUCGUCUAUGCUCAGUCUAACAAAAUAGAAUUUUUUUCAUCAUAAUUGUCUUCCAUCCGUUCCAUCUUGAAUUACUUUUAAUUAAAAUUUUCAUCAUCAUAAUAAACCUUUGCCUAAAAUCCGUCAUGAUUUAAAUUAUCAUCAAUCUAACAACUCCCACAGCUAAUACCCAAUAACAUUUGCAUACAAAAUUAUCCAUCGUCUAUCAAUUAACAUUUUGUACGUUAAUUCCUUGAAUCAAAGCACAGCUACCUGUCGCUAACAAGCCGGUGUGUAGCAAUGCGCGCACGCAGCCAUCGGCCGUGUCAUCGGCGCGCGCCCCGAUAAGCCUCAUUAGGGCCGUCCUUCUUAACUUCAUCAAGCGAUACCAUUAACUAGGGAUAUCGGACCAACUGGGCCGAACAACCGGCUAAAUGGCAAACCUAUGCAUUCGAAACUUGUAUGAAAUAAACACUAACUGUUAUACUGAAUUUGUAUUAGUAACAUAAAAUAGAGAUUUGAUUGCAAUUGCUCCGUUUUGUCUUAGUGUUCUAGAAUGGAUUGUUGAAGUCAUUGUUUGUAAUAAUUUAGUUAUAAUACCAAAAGUAAUAACUGUAAAUUAUUUUGUUUAUGAUGUGAUUUGACGGGUGUUGUCAGUAGGACUGAUUGCGAAAUGUAAUUGUGGUUGAUUACUAAGGUUUUUGUUUAUAAUGAAGUGGUCGUGAAAUAAUCUGACAAACAUGUUACACGAUGGAAUUUGACAAUUGUAAUAAGUAUAAAAAAAAAUCCUCAAAUUUUAUUAUUGUUAGAUAUUCGUGUAUUGUUACGUACCAGACCCCAAUUCCCAAUUCCCAAUUUCCGAUGUCUAAAUGGAAAUUGGA